AUGAAUCGUAGAAUUGCCUUCAGUCCAUUAUAUCCACUCUGUUCAACACCGUUAUCUCGUAGUCCACGUUGUGAAUUUGCACAAGGUACUUCAGCAGCGGAUGGUUCAAUGUUACCUCGUACUAAUCGACCACGUGAAUUACGAAUUACGCCAGCAUCAUCGUUAAUGAUGCGUGCAACGGAUAAUGUUGGUAAUAAUACAUCAAAACAUACCUCUGGCAUAUAUUCAACUUCGUUUCGUGUGCACGGUGCAUCAGGAAAUAUGACUCCUGCUAACGGUGGUACGAAUAAGUCGGUAGUGGUCGAUGAAAUGGUACCAGUGAGUUCGACUACAAAUUCGCGAAAG